AUGUCCAACGGAGAAGUUAGAAAAGUAUCUCUUGAAGAUAUACAGCUGGUUCAAAAUCUUAUUGAAAGGUGCCUUCAGCUUUACAUGAGCCAGAAGGAAGUUGUGAACACCCUCUUACACCAGGCAAAAAUCGAGCCUGGUUUCACGGAGCUUGUGUGGCAAAAACUUGAGACUGAAAAUCGAAGAUUUUUCAAGGCAUAUUAUCUGAGGUUGUUAGUGAAGGAGCAGAUAUUGCAAUUCAAUCAGUUGCUUGAAACACAGGUUGAGCUCAUUCGCCAAAUAUGUCCAACUGGAGUUGCUUCCACUCUACUGUCUAAUGGAUCUCAGCUUCACCCAUUGCACAACAACUCGGCUAACCAUACUCCAGAACGUGCUGGAGCUUUAAAGCCCGAAAACAUGGACCACGCUAUUAGUAUCAUACAUAAUGCUUACACUAGCAGAGCAUCUUCCCAACAGCCAUCCAUCCAAAUUCCUGUUGAUGUGGUAUCAGAUGACAUGCUAUUGGCUCAGAGUUCACAUUCAGGAAUUUUAGAGGGAAUAGAUGGCGGAAUAAUUAAGUCAGAAGAGGGCUAUACGGGUGAUUCUCCUUUCAUGUUUGGUGGAGACAGUAAUCUUCUCGAAACUCAUAAUGGAAUAGGGGAUGCACCUGUUUCAUCUUUCAGUUCUGUGGUGUCUAAUUCACAACCUUUGAAUGAGAAUAUCUUGGAAGCCGACACAAAUAUGUUUGGAUUCUUGGGACAGAUUCCCCGAAACUUCAGUUUUUCUGACUUAACAGCUGACUUUUCCAAUAGUACCGAUAUAUUAGAGAGCUAUUCUAGAUCGCCAUUCCUAGGAACUGAUACAAACUUCUUGGAACCUCCUAUUAAGGAAGAGCAGCAAGGUCCAUUUGCUUGA